AUGGAUCAAGCUCUCCGCGGCCAUGCGAAGGGAGAGUCGGCAGGGCGCAGGCCGUCCCCGCCGGCGCGGUUCACGCCGCUCGAGCUCGCGGCGGCCGAGCUGCUCGUCCACCUCAGCGAGAGCAGCUGCUCCACCGGCGCGGCCUUCACCCCGCGGGGAUCGGGGACGGCAGCGUCGGCGUGCUACUCCUCGUCCUCCUCCCCGCGAUCCGUCAACGCGCCGCCCGCCGCACCCGCGUUAGACGACCUCGUCGUCCACGCGAUGAAACAAGACGACGACGACGACGACGGCCAGCAGGAGGUGGGCGGGAGGCCGCGGAGGAACAGGAGGUACCGAUCGGUCGCGGAUAUCUACCAAGCGACGGUGCCGCGUGGGGCGCGCCGCGGGAAGGCUAAGGCUGGCGCCGGCUCCGCCGCCGACGCCGGCGGCACGAUGGAGAAGAGGAGGAAGUAG